UCCCUCUUCGGCUUCCGUAGAGGAAGUCGCGCGGACCUUCAUCUGGGGUUUCGGUGCUCCCCCCCCCCGCCCCUUCCCCGGGGUCCGGGGGUGACAUUGCACCGCGCCCCUCGUGGGGUCGCGUUGCCACCCCACGCGGACUCCCCAGCCGGCGCGCCCCUCCCAUUCGGCUGUCCCGGUCAGGCCCCCACCGUCCCACCUGCCCAGCCAUGGGGGCUGCGGUGUUUUUCGGCUGCACUUUCGUCGCGUUCGGCCCUGCCUUCGCGCUUUUCUUGAUCACUGUGGCUGGAGACCCGCUUCGCGUUAUCAUCCUGGUCGCAGGGGCAUUUUUCUGGCUGGUCUCCCUGCUCCUGGCCUCUGUGGUCUGGUUCAUCUUGGUCCAUGUGACCGACCGGUCAGAUGCCCGGCUCCAGUACGGCCUCCUGAUUUUUGGUGCUGCUGUCUCUGUCCUUCUACAGGAGGUGUUCCGCUUUGCCUACUACAAGCUGCUUAAGAAGGCAGAUGAGGGGUUAGCAUCGCUGAGUGAGGACGGAAGAUCACCCAUCUCCAUCCGCCAGAUGGCCUAUGUUUCUGGUCUCUCCUUCGGUAUCAUCAGUGGUGUCUUCUCUGUUAUCAAUAUUUUGGCUGAUGCACUUGGGCCAGGUGUGGUUGGGAUCCAUGGAGACUCACCCUAUUACUUCCUGACUUCAGCCUUUCUGACAGCAGCCAUUAUCCUGCUCCAUACCUUUUGGGGAGUUGUGUUCUUUGAUGCCUGUGAGAGGAGACGGUACUGGGCUUUGGGCCUGGUGGUUGGGAGUCACCUACUGACAUCGGGACUGACAUUCCUGAACCCAUGGUAUGAGGCCAGCCUGCUGCCCAUCUAUGCAGUCACUGUUUCCAUGGGGCUCUGGGCCUUCAUCACAGCCGGAGGGUCCCUCCGAAGUAUUCAGCGCAGCCUCUUGUGCCGACGGCAGGAGGACAGUCGGGUGAUGGUGUAUUCUGCCCUGCGCAUCCCACCCGAGGACUGAGGGAACCUAGGGGGGACCCCUGGGCCUGGGGUGCCCUCCUGAUGUCCUCGCCCUGUAUUUCUCCAUCUCCAGUUCUGGACAGUGCAGGUUGCCAAGAAAAGGGAUCUAGGUUAGCCAUUGCCCUGGAGAUGAAAUUAAUGGAGGCUCAAGGGUAGAUGAGCUCUGAGUUUCUCAGUACCCUCUCCCCAGACUGGACAUCUUUUUCUCAGGCCUGAGGGGAACGAUUUUUGGUGUGAUAAAGACCCUAAUCUGCCUUUUCUUCUUUUUUGAGGUGGGGGGAGGGAGGAGGUAUGUUGGAACUCUUCUAACCUCCUUGGGCUGUAUUUUCUCUCAAAUUGCUCCUCAUGGCUGGGCUCAUUUCUGUCCCUUUCUCCCUGGUCCCAGACCUUAGGGGAAAGGAAAGAAGUGCAUGUUUGGGAACUGGCAAUACUGGAACUAAUGGUUUUAACCCUUAAACACCAGCAUCCCUCCUCUCCCCAAGGUGAAGUGGAGGGUGCUAGGGUGAGCUGGCCCUCCAGAGCUGCAGUGCCGCUGGAGGAGUCAGACUACCAUGACAUCGUAGGGAAGGAGGGCAGAUUUUUUUGUAGUUUUUAAUUGGGAUGUGGGAGGGGUGGGGAGGUUUUCUAUAAACUGUAUCAUUUUCUGCUGAGGGUGGGGUGUCUCAUCCUUUUAAUCAAGGUGAUUGUGAUUUUGACUAAUAAAAAAGACUUUGUAAUUGUG